GCAGCCUGGAGGUUUUACUCGGUGUUCGCAGUCCAAAGAAGAGGCUACCUUGCGGGUCCAGUCUGUCCACCACAUCCCGGAGGCGUGUAAGAAAUUUGAUGAAAUGUCAGCUGGCGAUUCUUCAAGGAAAACCCUGGAAAUGGAGAGUUUCCAUACAAGAUUCAGUGCCUGGACUCCUUUUUGCAACAAGUCAUUAAAUAGACAGCUCUUUCAGGAAAGAGUUGCUCUUAUAAGUCAUUGGUUUGACCUCUGGACUAACAAGCAGCGUCAAGAAUUCUUAUUCACGAUUUUUUUACGAUGCACUAAAUCACAGUUAAGGUUUGUCCAGGAUUGGUUUUCAGAAAGGAUCCAAGUGACCAAAGUGGAUUUCUCUACAGUGUUACCACGCUUCAUUUCUCUGUAUAUCUUUUCCUUUCUGAAUCCAAAAGAUCUGUGUGUAGCUGCACAAGUCAGCUGGCCCUGGAAGUUUCUUACUGAACAGGACUGCUUAUGGAUGCCCAAAUGCAUUAGGUUUGGAUGGUUUCUGCCUUACACUCCCAAUGAUAAUGAGUAUGGUGCUUGGAAGUACCAUUACAUUGCUUGUGUGUCCAACUUAGAUUGGCUAACUCCACGGGAAGCAGCUGCCACUUAUGGGACCCUGAAUGAGCCCAAAACUGAAGAUGAGGAGUUACAGGAAAGACAAAGAGAAAAGUGUCUAAGAAAAAUAAUUUGGGAGAAAAUUGCCCUACAGAAGAAGCAAUUAUUCAAAGUUCGACCCCCUUGGGUGAGUGGAACAGGAUGCUCUAGAUUGUCAAAAUCUGAAUGCCAGUCACGUCUCUCCCAGACUGUGAGGGAUCGAGUAGGAUUACAUGACGCUUUGGAAAAACAGUUUGUUCUGGCAUCCUUAGAAGUUUUACCCAAGAGAAGCAACAUUUCUGGAUACCACUCCUACCCUUUAAUGUCAAAGAAAAAUUGGUGUGAAGUUCAUAAAAAUGAUAAUAGUUCUUCAUAUGUAUGCCAACUACGCUUCAUUUUAAUUUCAUCUAGGAUUCCUGCAUAUGAGAUGGUGGUGGACAGCGUUAAUGCAGGUGUUAUUUCUGUGGUGUAUGAACAUAGUGGCACAACUUUGGAGAGCUUGCUGUAUCUCGUAGAAAAAGCUCUGGAUGGGCAAAAGGCACAGAGUAUAGGAAUAUUUAGUGAUGGUGACAACAGAGAAAUCAAUUUACUCCAAGACUAUAAAAUUGGUAUUAAAAAUUUAUUAAGACCUGAAGUGAGAGACUUCUGGGAGAAAUUAGGAAGCUAUGUGGCCACUGAGGAGGAAGGGGGUCAUGUGGACCUCUUUGUACCACUUGGAGCAUCAGAAGCAGGACUAGAAGUUCUUUCUCAGCUGUCACAGCUAACUGGUACCUUGUUUACUGCCCCCACUGGGAUUACAACUGGCUCUUACCAACACAUUCUUAGUGACUGGCUGGGACAACAGUGGGAGAGAGCUCCCCCUUCCAUCUACUUCAGUGAAUCAAAGCUGCUGACAUGGUCCAGCUUCACCGACUUCCUGGAGGACACCUUGAAAUCAGUGAGGAAACAGUUAAGCCCUCUCUUCAAGGAGCUACGAAAGAACAUUAGUGGCAGGAUGAUAGGACAGUUUAUGUUUGACAGCAUGAAUAUGGCUAGCAUUAUUAAUAACCAAGACAUCACACAAACUCUGGCAGAUGGAUUAUUGGAGCUUUCAAAAGAAAAUUCUGACACACCUCUGGAAUUUUUGUCAUGUUUUCUGCUGAGGAAAUGUGGUAAAAAGAGCAAAGACUUUGAAGGAAGUGUUAUUCUAAGAAAAUAUGACCCAAAGUCAACUUUCAACUUAUUCAUGAAGGAAAGAAAUGUAGAAGACAGUCUUCAGGACAUGAAGUCAAGUCUCAGCAAAAGUAGUCCAAAUUUUGAGGUCCUCAUUAAUCUGGAAAGAAAGCUUCAGAUGGACUCAGCUGAAAAGCGAGCAAGAAUUGUUGGCGAACUCUUACAGAGUGAGAGAAAGUAUGUGCAGAUGCUGACCAUUAUGAGAGAUGUUUAUGUUACACCGCUGAAAGCAGCUUUGUCCUCAAACAGAGCGAUUCUGAGUGCUCUGAAUGUCCAGAUCAUUUUCUCUGACAUUUUGCAGAUUUUAAAUCUCAACAGGCAGUUUUUAGAUGACCUGAGAGACAGACUACAGGAAUGGGGUCCAGCCCACUGUGUGGGGGAAAUAUUCAUAAAGUUUGGAAGACAGCUGAACACAUAUACAAAUUUCUUCAACAAUUACCCUGUUGUUCUGAAAACAAUUGAGAAGUGCAGAGAAAUGACACCAACAUUCCGAGCUUUUCUGAAGAGGCACGAUAAGACUAUUGCUACCAAAAUGCUGAGCCUGCAGGAGCUGCUUUUAUAUCCAUCACGACGAUUUGAUGAAUAUAUUAAUCUUCUCUAUGCUCUGAGGCUCCAUACUCCUGCAGAACAUGUUGACCGUGGAGACUUGACCACUGCAAUUGAACAGAUAAAGAGAUAUAAAGGUUAUAUAGAUAAGAUGAAGAAAAACACCAAUGUGAAGGGUCAGGUGUCAGAUCUACAGAGAAUCAUCUGGGGGUGCCCUACUCUGUCUGAAGUAAAUAGAUACCUGAUUAUGGUCCAAGAUGUAGCCCAACUUCACUGCUGUGAUGUGGAAACAUGUCUCUCAUUAAGGCUUUAUGAACAUACUUGUGAUCUCAGUCUUUUCCUCUUCAACGAUGUGUUACUUAUUUCUAGUCGGGUCACAUCUCACGUUCCAUUUGAAAGAACUUCAAAAACAACCUACCAGUUUAUUGCGUCAAUGGCCCUUCAUAGGUUACUCAUUGAGGAUAUUCCAGAUUCCAAAUAUAUCAAGAAUGCAUUUAUUCUACAAGGUCCAAAAUGUGAAUGGAUUUGUGCUACAGAGGUUGAGGAUGAUAAAUUCCUAUGGCUGUCAGUACUCCACAGUACAAUCAAAAGUAGUAUGGGGAAGUGAAACCAGGUGCCAACUCUCCCUGGCAAAGAGACAAACAAUAUGUACUUUCUGUUCCAGGAGAUGUAAGAAGAAUGAUUUGUCAUGGUUGAUGGGAUGGUAAACUAAGAUGAGAUAUAAAGUUCACUUUAACUUUUAAACUUUGGUUCAUUAUGUGAAAUGUACGGUACAAACAUUUUGAAUUUUAAAUUACUUCUUUUGGCAGUUAUUGGGUUGUCAUAAAAGUCAUGAUAUAUCUUUGUUUUUCUAUGCAAGUAUUUGUCAUGACUAUUCUGAAAACCCAGUAUUUUUGUAGGUAAUAUUAUUUGACAAAAUUGAAGUCAGAAAAAGUACAUUAUAAAUUUAAAGUUAUGUUUUGUUAUCCAAUAAAAAAAUAAACAUGAAGCAUUUCUUAAAUGACCAGUCUAGAGAAAUAAACUAAUUUUAACUUGGUGACUUACUAGUAAUUAAAAAUUAUAAUUAUUUUUAUAAAAAUUGUAUUAGGAAUAUAAAUGGCAAUUUAUAGUAAGAACUUGUCACACAGAUUCUUAGUAUGGAUGUAUUCUUUUAAAUGACAUUAAAAAAUGUACUACUAUAAAGUAUUAAAAAUAUUUUCUUGUUCUCUAGUUGCAAAACUAAGAAAAAAUUUAAAAUGUGGUGCCAGAGAAUAAAGCCAGGGCUCAGGGUAUAUGUAUUACUGCUGAUCU